ACUCAAAAACUAGAUUGAUUAAUUGAUAAUUCAUUGCUGAUUGUUCACGCGCCCUGUAUGGAAGUAUAAAAAUGGUAAUCCGCAUACUCCAGGAAGAAUUGAAGCAAUCUCAAGAGAAAAGAAGGGAAUCUGGAUCCUUCGUCGGAUCGUCACAGAGCUUAGAGGGGAGCUCUACGCUUCACUGGCCAUGCAAAGCAGGGAGAGUGACGGAGGCGGAGGCACUGCUGGCUGCUGGAGCGGACAUUAACAAGCUGGACAGAGCGCAGUUGAACCCUUUCAUGGACGCGAUCAACUCAGGUAAAUCAUUUGACCGCCUUAACAAUAUGGGUUUAUCUAACAUUGGUAAUAGUAGCAAGAGGUUUUAGUCAUGCGUUUGAUUACAGCACAGUGUGAAACCCUGAAGCAUACGUCGAGCUCUAAACUCUGUUUUGUCUGAUAAUCAAUUAUUUGAAUAUUGAAGGAUUAAAUUUGGUAACUUGAUGAUCACAUAAUUAACAGAACAGGUCGACUGUGCUAGAUGGCUGCUGAGGCAAGACGGUUGAAAGCUCCAGCCCGAGAUAUGGUCGUUUUGUAGGGAGAGGGGGCUAGAGUCAGUGCUAACAGCUUAACAGAAGCAAGGUACGGAGAGCGAUCCAUGGCUGUCCCGAUAGACCCACUCAGACUCCUGCCGGAAGAUACUCCUCCGGUUGAUCCAGAUGAGACAGUUCUAGCAGAUGAUCAGUUACAGACUGAAGAACAUAUCCCACAGAUCAAUGCGUCAACAUCUGCAAAUGAAGCUGAUAUCAGAAUCGAAAUGAUGAUGGUACUACACGAGAUGCUCAUGGAAAAAGUAUCAGUUUGCUUUUCUCCUCCCACGAGCAGUACAAAGUGUGGGUUCAACUUUAAUCUGAUAGAAUAUAUCGUAUGCGGAACCCAAGCCCGGCUAUGUCUGUACAUAAUAACGAAAGAAACCGGUUAUGCUGCGAGGGCGUUUAGCUCGAUAGAUGUUGAAAAUGCCCACAGCAUUAUAAAUCAUUUGGACCGCCGAGGGGUCCAAAACUCCUCAAUCGAAGAGCUUAGUAGACAUGUCAGCAACCUACAGAGACUUCAAAUUCUCAGGAAAACCUCUCUAGGACGGAAGCUUUAUACUCCGACAUCCACAAUUUACCACGCCCCUGAGAUCGACAAAGGUCUUUCUGAUAGAUUGACUUCCAGCCAAUUCGAUCUAUCGAAGCCGAGUGGGAAGAACAAAGAACUGAAACCCAUGGUCGCAACGAUGCUCCUCGCGGACAAGGGAGAGUUAGGGCCAUCGGUGGUCACAAGACUGCAGAAUAUUUAUUUUUUUAAGCGUUGAGGUUGUCACGAAAGCGUACUGUAACGGGACUGUAUCAGAUUUGAGUGAUUUGAUUUUGUGAUUCGCAGUUCACGUGAUUUUAUUGUGAUCUUAGACUGUAAAAACUAUAAAGGUUCAAGUUGAACUAUCGUCGCCAUGAUUAUGUAUUUUGGAACUGUUCACGUUGAAAUUGCUUCGUUAAUCAGCAGUCUUCCUUGGUUACCUUCUACUGUGUAAUGCAGCUACGAUCAACGAUACUUAGCUAGUACAUUCAUAGUAACUGCACUGAGAAGAGUAAAAAAUUUGAGCUUUGACGGAAUAACAUUUCCUUGUUUUUAGAUACGGUUACUAUUCUAGUGAGGGGUUCAUAGCUGACCAUUAAGGUCUUACUCACAAUAAUUUGUGCUCUGAUAUUGGCCGUACUGACUGCUGUUGAAAAAGCCACGCCAUCAGAUGCGCGUCACGAGAGUCCACCCCAGUAGACCCCACUACGUACAAAAUUUGAAAUUUUCCCAAAAACUUCUGAUUAAGCUAGUUUGUUUUCAAUAACUUUUGCAAUAUUAACAGUAGACCCUUCAAAUUUUCACCAAAUGUUUCCCUAGACACUAGUUCAUCGUAACUGUGUCAU